AAAGUUAAACGAAUUCUAUGCUAACGAGCGCUGGCAAAAGUAUUUUAUUUUGAGAAUAUUUCGUUUUUUGAAACUUGAAAAGAGCUUAUUGAGAAAUUUAUCUACGACGGCAUGUCAUCUCGCCCAUUCUCGGUUUGCCCUAAAUGAUGCCCGAAACUGAACGCGAUUCUUUGGUGGCAGCGGAAAUGGUCAGCGGCGCCUUGGCGCAGGCUUAUGGAUCACAAACGGCCGCAUCGACUUUAGUCAAGGAUCAACAACAGCAGCUGCACCAACAGCAUAAUAACAACAGUAGCAACAUUCACACUACUACUCCAUAUAAAAUGGCGACCAGUUCGUAUGUUUACAGCAGUCCGCUGUCCAUACCGCCAGCCGCCAACAUGAGCACCAAUUGCAUUAGUCCGAGCGGCAAGGAAAAGCUCGCCAAUCUACUGCGCGAUCGGGACAACAAUAGUCAGCAACAACAACAACAGCAGCGGCAACUGAGCGUCAGUCCCUUCUCGGCCAGCAGGUCACCGACAACUUUUCUGCAAAAACAACUGGAAGCGCCACGCGCCACUCAGUACGAGUCCACUCGACAAACGGCCACGCCAACGCCACAGCCUCAGGCGCAGCCGCAGCCGCGUCGCUCCAUUACGCCAUAUCCCAUAACAACCACAUCUGCAAGCUCCACAGCCACCUGGCAUGCACAUGUGUAUGCCCGCCCGCCAAAUCGCCCCACCCCGCACUCCAUAGCCGACAUACUCGGAUGGCCCCAGCAAACGUCCUCCUCCAUCGCCCAUCAGCUGCAGGCAGCGAGUGGUCUGACUGCAAGUAAAGAUGCCUCGGACGCUGCGUCCAUGGCCGUAGGCCCCGCAAAAUCACCAAAGAGCAUUCUGCGAAACUUUGAGCAGCAAUAUGCACAGCAGCACGAGCAGCGCACGCUGCGGAGCGCUUCACUGAGCGAUGCCAGCGAGGAGGAGAGUGGCAUCGGGAUGCACUUGAAUGCUAGCGCCUCGGCGCCAGGAGCCUUGGUGAUGGCGCCACUCGAUCAGCCAUUGAAUCUGUGUGUGGCCAAGAAGUCACGCGAUAGCUGCACUAACUCAUCCAUCCCGGCGACGACAACGUUGCCGAAAAGUCAGUCUCAGCAACAACCCAGCAGCCAAAUUCCCGGCAAGAGUACCGCCAAGAAGGAAAGCACGGCCAAGCCUCCAGUUAAAAAGAAAAAGCUGAACUCCUCCACAUUGGCACUGCCCCCAGAUAUCAGUCCCACCGGCAGCAGCGACAGUUUGAUGCGAGACAAGAUGCUGGGUCCAAAUGGCUCUCCAGGUGCAACCACGACCGGCCAGCUGCAUAGCAGUAAUAACAACAACAAUUUGGAGACUACAGAAGAUGAUUCGGACUCUGGCUCAUCGGAUGCGCGCCGUAAGAAAAAAGCCCGCACUACCUUCACUGGCCGUCAAAUUUUUGAACUGGAAAAACAAUUCGAGGUCAAAAAGUACCUUAGCUCAAGUGAACGAACCGAAAUGGCCAAGCUGCUAAUGGUUACCGAAACACAGGUUAAAAUAUGGUUUCAAAACCGUCGCACAAAAUGGAAAAAACAGGAUAAUGUCACAAAUAAUGAGGCUGCUGAGCACAAAUCGGCCAAUGCAAACAAACCGACAGCAGGAGCGUCGGACUCAACGCCAAAGCCAGGCAGCAACAACAACAACAACAGCAACACUAGCAUUAAUGGCAAUGAUCCAACUAGUGCAGCUCCCGCUCUUUCCACAGUUAACAAUACGGACAAUGCUAUAAAGAAGGCGUCAAAUGGACACACAGAAAAAACACGCAGCACCAACAACAGUAGCAACAACAACAAUAUGCUAGCUGCAGGCCACAACAACAGCAAUGACAUCAAAGCAAACGUAAAACAAACGGCCACAAAGAUUAAAAAACAAUUGAAUGCAGUGCUCGAAAAGGUGGCAAAAACUGCAAACGGCACAGCAGCAAACGCCAGCGCAUCCGACAGCACUGGCAACAGAGUCGUUGAAAAGCGUCAUGUUCACAUAAACAACAACAACAAUACGGGUGAGACCGCGCAUCAUCAUCAUCAGCGGCUACAUCAGCACGCGAUACCCUUGACUGUGGAACCGGCAGCUCCACUGGAGCAGACUGAGAAGCUGGAAAUUAAAUUAGAGGAGUCGCCUCAGCACCGUGAGCUCCAGCUGCGAUUGCAACGCGUACACGCCGCCGCAGCAUUUGCCAAACAGCAGCAGCAACAAAACGACAAUGGGCGAAGUACACCGUCGGUAGCUCCUUUGCUAGCCCAAAAGGAUUUCGAAAGCGACUUGGCCGCAUCUAAAAUAUCUGUUGGAGCUAGAUCGCAGUCAGAGGCUCCAGACAAAAGUGAAUGUGAAUCGGAAGAAAAUGUGCAAAGCCCAAAUAAUGAGCCAAAGGACAACCUAAUGACUGCCGCCACCGAGUCUCACGAUGUGGUAAUGCGCGAUGCCUAAGCCAAGUCCUCAUCCCCCAGUAAAAUUACAAAAUGUGCCAAAAAGUCGAAUAUUGCUCACAGUACGCCAACGGAAAAGGGUCAGAAGUAAUGUCCUAGAGUCCGUUUUAAUGCUACGAGGAGUAUACAUAUGUAUCUAAAACCAUUCAUCCGUUGCACUGAUGUUUGGGAGUUAUUUUAAUGUAUCUUUUAAUUUUAGGCAUUUAUGUAAUUUAUUUAAAAUAUUUACAUCUACCCAUUACUGCUUACCUUUAAGUUUUAGGCUUUGUAAAUGUUGCCAUAGGGAUCGCAUUUAUUUGUUUCUGCUAUAUUUACUAUACGAGUAUAUUAUCGAAACAAUUUCAACUUUCGAAAAUUUCAUGUGAUAAAGUAUACGAGAGGUCGCGUAAAUGCAAAAACAAGCAGCAACAACAAAAUUAAUGUAGAGACAUGUUUAUUACAAAAUUAAUUUUACAAUUUGAAAUUUAAACUACAAGUACAUCUUUAAAAACAUCAACAACCAAAAGCAGUCGAAGCUAAAACUAUAAAGCUAUAAACUAUACAUGUAAAAUGCAAUUAACUAAAAUAUUUAUUGUGAAUGUACAAAAACUAAAUAAGGAGAAGGCGCAGCAGUCGGUGCACAUUUUAAACUAAAGAAAUAAACAACAAAAUACAAAAUAUUAA